UGAGGCAGGGCCAGGGAUGACGUGGUCUCUUGCCAGCUGUGGAUUAUGGUUUAUUUGCGAAGAUAAUUACGGAAUUAAAUAACCGCCGUCCUGCAGUUCACGUUAAAGCAAACCAGAGGAACACUUUCAUCAGGCAAACUGUUUGGACGACUUAGGGGAUAUUAAUUGACUAGCAACACUAAUGGCCCCGGUAAGCAAGAACGUCAAUGUUAAGCGUCUGAAACGACCAUGCAAACACAUCACUGCCCUUAUUUUAGCUCGUGGAGGGAGUAAAGGAAUCCCUCUGAAGAACAUUAAGAACCUGGCAGGGGUUCCUCUCAUCGCAUGGGUGAUCAGAGCAGCGCUGGACUCCAAAGUCUUUAAAAAAAGAGUUUGGGUGUCCACUGAUCAUGAUGAGAUCGCCGAUGUUGCCGUUGCAUGGGGUGCUAAGGUGCACAGAAGGAGCCCAGAAGUAUCCCAGGACUCUUCCAGCUCCCUAGAUACCAUCAAGGAGUUCAUCAGGGAACACCCAGAAGUGAAAGUCGUCUGUAAUAUCCAGGCCACAUCUCCAUGCCUGCAUCCUUUUCAUCUUAAAGACGCUGCAAAGCUCAUAAACGAAGGAUGUGAUUCAGUCUUCUCUGUGGUCCGCAGACACAAUUUUCGUUGGAAAGAAGUUAAGAAAGCAAAUUGCUAUACUAAACCGUUGAAUCUUGACCCAGCUCGCAGGCCGCGUCGCCAGGAUUGGUCUGGAGAAUUGUAUGAAAAUGGAUCAUUUUACAUUGCUACCAAAGAGCUCAUUAAAAAGGGGUUUCUUCAGGGUGGAAAAACAAAGUACUUGGAGAUGAAGGCCGAGUACAGUGUGGAUAUUGAUGUGGACAUUGACUGGCCUGUAGCUGAACAAAGAGUACUCCGGUUUGGUUACUUCGGGAAGGACAAACCUGAAGUUGUGAAGCUGUUUCUGUGUAACGUGUCUGGAUGUCUGACAGACGGUCAGAUCUAUACUCCAGCAAAGGGAGAAGAGAUGGUGUCCAUCAACAUUAGAGACAAGAUCGGCAUCGACAUGCUCAAGCAAGGAGGAGUGAAGGUGAUUUUGCUAGAAAAAUAUCCCAUAGCAAGAGCAUUGGCUAAAAGACUGUCUAAGAAGAUGGACUGUGAACUGCUGCAGGGCAUGGAUGACAAAUUGGAGGUGGUAGAGAAAAUCAUGGUGAAAGAAAAAGUGGAGUGGAGAGAGGUGGCAUAUUUUGGGAAUGAUGUACCAGAUUUGAUGUGUCUGGACCAGGCAGGAUUGAGCGGAGUGCCAGCUGAUGCCCCGAAGGAGGUACUCUACCGCACCAAAUACACCUGCCACAACACAGCAGGUCAUGGAGCAGUGCGUGAGUUUGCCGAAUACAUCCUUCGAUUGAAGAACAACAGCAAAUCUCAAGCAAAGGAGGACAAAAGCCAAAAACAGCCGCAAGUCUUAAAAAAAGGUGCAGAAAAACUGCAGCAAAUCAACAAAGGUGGACAAAAAAAUGAGAACAAAAACCUCAAACCUCAGAAAAAUGGACUAAAACGACCUCAAAACUUCGUUCAAAAAGGACAAAAACGGCAAAAAAUGAAUGGGUAUUUGAUGAACUAAAUAAUAAAGAAUUUAAUUCUUACUGCUAGCUGAUUUUGCGUCUUUGCCUUUAAAUGAAAACGAGCUGGUGUCCCCCCCCACCUUGAAAAAUCAGGGUCAGAUAUCAGGGGAAAUGCAGCAGUUAGCAACUCAGACAUGAAACGGAGACCCACAGUCACAAAUACCACGGUACGAUAAAUGAGCCACAGAGAAAUAUCAUUGCAACAUUCACGCACACAUCGUGCGUUAACACGUGCUGUUUUUGUGAAUCUACUCACGGUGAAUGUGUCAGGAUGCCACCAAACUGGUAAAUAUGCUGCUGUAUAGAGAUCCAUUAUAACUA